CUGGCUCAUCCGUGGACACUUCUGUACGCCGAUGACGUCUUUCUCUCCAACAAGAAACGCGAAGCCCUCAGCGACCAAGUGCAGCGAUGGAACGACCACCUGAACGAGAAAGGCCUCCGUUUCAACCUCAAGAAGACUGAGUACAUGGAAUGUGGCCCACAGUCUGAUGGCACCAUCAACGUCAACGGACAGGACCUACAGAAAGUUGACCACUUCAAAUACCUCGGGUCCACCCUCUCGUCGGAUGGGGACUCCCUGCCAGAUGCGCGCGCACAAGUGAAUGCCGCAUGGAUGAAGUGGCGGCAAGUCACCGGAAUCCUAUGCGACCGACGGAUGCCAAACCACCUCAAGGCGAAGAUAUACAAGACCGUCGUGCGACCCGUCGCGCUCUACGGAGCUGAAUGCUGGCCAGCAUCGACCAAGCAUCACCGAGCCCUCCACGCCAUGGAAAUGCGCAUGCUUCGGUGGUCGCUUGGACUGACUCGACUGGACCAGGUCAUGAACGAAGACGUCAGGAAAGUGAUGGGGGUGGCACCAAUCACCGAGAAGAUGAGAGAGGCGCGACUCCGAUGGUACGGGCAUGUUGUGCGCAGUGAUGAAGACUCUGUCGCGAGGACUGCCAUGCGCCUGAGCCCAGAAAGACGUCAACCACGAGGACGGCCGAAGAAAAGAUGGCUGGAUCGAAUAAAGGAGGACAUCAAGGAAGUCAACGCCGCCCCGGAAGAUGCCUUGGAUCGGAGCAAGUGGAAGAGAAUAUGCCGGAAAGCGGACCCCGCGCCAAGACGGGACAAACGCUAGGAAAGAAGAAGAUCUAACUGAGAACCUUUCCAAAAAAAAUUUACUGAUGGAAGCUUUCUUCAAAAAUUAAAUUAUUUUUUAUCUGGUCAUAUGGGUUGAUUCUGAGCUUACCUUUAAACCGCAUAUUGACUAUAUAACUAAUAAAGUUUAUGUAUUAGUCAACUCUACCGAUGACUACAUUGUUUGACAAAUGAAAUAAGGAAAAGAAUAGCCCAGCACAUCAUAUUCCCAUUAAUUGAUUAUGGAGAUGAUAUUUAUCAAAAUACAACGGACACAAUCUUAAAGCCACUGACGACACCGACAAAUUCACUAUGCAGAUUUGUGCAUUUAAGAUGCAACUAUUUUACCCAUCACUGCUUAAUGUAUCAAUAACUUGAAUGGCUACAGCCUAAAGAACGUAGACAGUUCCACUGGUUUAUGUUUAUUUUUAAAUGCAUUCAUAAUGACUUUUCAACUUAUAUCUGGUCACAUUUGACUCAUUAGGAAUACAAGAUAUCCAUGUUUCAGAGUUCCCAAUAUGAAUAGAGAGGUUGGUAAGAAGGCCUUUAAAGCACUGUAUGAUUGGAACAGUUUACUGAUUCAGUUAUGAUCAUCAACAUCUAUUCAUUCAUUUCAGUCACCUCUGUAUAUAUAUUUAUGUUCUGCAUGUACCUGUUAAAGUGUAAAUAACUGGGGUGGGGGUUUGAGCAAGAAGUGUAUGUUUGCAAUGUUCAGGUAUGUUAAUGGUUUUAUUUAUGUAAUAUUGAGCGAACUGUAUCAUUUUGUUGUAGGACCCCCUUGAAAAAGAGAUGUUGCAUCUCAAAGGGUUAUCCUUAAAUAAUAAUACUCUGUUCAACUCCGGGCAUUUCUCAAUGACUGCAGCAUCAAUCUCUCCACUCAGAAGGAUCUCUUCCAACUUUUGCAAAGUCAGCAAAUCAUCCUGGUUAAAUAUCUCACUGAGCAGUACAUCUUCAAUAUCCAGGAAUUUAAAGAAUUCACCUCUGUAGUGGUCCUUAGCACUUUUAGGCUGAUGUGCCUCAGCUCCUAUAAUGAAGCGUUUUGGGGGUGGUCUGGUCUGUGGAAUGGUAAUGGGCUUAAUAUCUAAAGACUGAACUACAGCCGUCGCCUCUUCAAACAGAGUUUUGGAACUUGCCUCAUCUUUUGGCCUUGAGUGAGGUCCUAACAACUUUGACAGCAGCCCUCAUGCCAGCAAUGGUUUCAGUUCUCUUCUGAAAAGACAUGUUCAGGCAUUCAAGCUCACAAAUCACUGGUGAGUCAAGGAUGAGACCCAAAACUGUUUUGCCUUUCUUUAACAGCCCUAGCAGGCCAUUAGCAGUAGAUGCAGUAUUUGAGGCACCACAAGCCAUCUCCUGCAAGCUAGCCAGCACUGACUCACAAAACACUGUGACUGUGACAAAACAGCUAUGAUGGCUGUGCCCCGUAUUGUCCAUCUCGUGGGACACAGGGGUUUUAUUGCAGUGCAUGAUGGAUUCUCUGCAUGUGCUAUUGCUGCAUGGAUUGCCUUAAACUUCCCUGAAUAAGACUCCAAGCUGGUUGACCCAAUCCAAUGAGUCUCUGAUCAGAACAGAUGCUAAGCAAGCUUUCUGUGUGGUUAAAUUAGUACAGUGUGAUUAAAUUAGUACAUUGGGCCCCACAAUGAACAUAGAGUGCUAGUGGCUGUUCUUGUUUUAUCAGUGCCUGUGGACCAGUAUGCUUCCCAGGCAUAUUAGCAGCCCCGUCAUAAGUUUGACCUUGCAAAACAAGCCUUGGUAAGUUUAGUCUUAGCAGCGCUUCUUUAACUAGUCCAGCAAGGCUUUUUCCUGUUGUAUCAGAAACAGAAUACAAACCAAUUAACUUUUCAUGGGGCUUCAGGUCAUUAUAUUGCAGACAAAUACUUUCUUGUUCUUGCAUGGAAAUGUUUUGUGUUCCAACCAUAAUAACUGUAUACUGAAGAACUGGUAGAUCUCUGAUUGUAUCAGCUAUUCCACUAACAAUUUUGUUGCUCAUUGCAGAUAGAAUUUCAUUCUGAAUCUGUGGACUGAGGUAAUCUUUCUGGGA